AUGCGUGUCGAUACAGGCCAUCCACACAACGGAUAUCGUUCUCAUCAUGGAAGAAAAUAUGACGAUCGAUUAAAGCAAAGAAAUUAUCGUAAUAAUGAUUAUCAUUCUCACAUUAAUAAGAAUCAUCGAUCAUGUAUUUCACAAGUAUCACGACAUCAACAAAAUGAUGAUUAUUCACCUUCAAAUCGAAUAGGAAAUAGUCCGGGGACUUAUUUUCCUACUCGAUCUGAUCGCUCAAUAAAUAACCAUGAUACUUAUCCACUUUUAUUAACUGAACAAACGGAUCUCUCCAGUGGUCUACCCCCUACUGGGUCAUAUUAUAAUUCUUCACCAUCAAUACGUGAUCGGAAUUUAUCAUCGCAUUAUACUGAUUCAGAACGCAAUCGAUAUCAACCAUCGACAAAUUAUCGACGAGACAAUUCUCCUCCAGCAUCAUCAUCUUCUUAUCGACAUAAUUAUAUAUCUCGUAAUAAUGGGAAUGAUUUAUAUAUUCAUGAUGAAUAUCGUUCUCCAACACCUCCAUCUAACCGCAAUACUACUGAUGCAUAUAACGAUAUAUAUCAAACAAAUGACUACAACAACCGUUCAGAAAGAUAUGAUAUCGCGCAAAAUCGUCGUAGUUCAUCAAGAGAUUAUACAAUGACAUCUGUACCAUCGCCUAGUUAUCGUUCUGAUCCAUAUCGAACAUCAUCAAACAUUCCAUCAUCUUCAUCACCAUCAUCAUCAGCAGCAGCAGCAGCAAUAUCUUCUUCAUUAUAUAUUACUCGUGAUCAAUAUAUACAAUCACUUCCAUCUGUACGAGAAAUUGAUUGCCGAUCGAGAACUUAUGGAAUGUCAACAUCAAUGGAUCAUGGUCAAAUAAUUACAAAUAAAUCAUCGGAUCAUUAUUAUGAUAAUCAUCGUUCAUAUAGAGAACGUUCGAAUUUAAAACGUUUAAGAUCAAAUUUUCAUAAUAUUGAAACAAAACGACUUAUGAGACGUUAA